UGCGCCACAAAAAAUUGUCUCUUAAGCCCCACCGGUUUCAAGCAGUAAAGUAAAACACGUGACAAUAUCCUGUGUUGUCGUGCUCUCGCAUCUGUGGCAGCCACACGUCCUUCCCGCUCUCGGGUUAAUCAAUCACCGUCCGGCGACGAUUACUCCGGAGUUGCUUUGAUAAUAGGAGUUAAUGGACUUACUAAAGGGAAUGGGUGAAGAUGGAUCUGAAUGCUCCUUUGACGUGAAAGACAUCCAAAGGUGCCCAUUUUUGAGAAAUAUCAACAAACCUACAAACUUCUGCUUUUCUUCAUCAAGUAUUAACAUUCCUGUGCCGGGAGCCAAGGGUCCUAUAUUUGAAGAUGGUCCUAAUUUUGGCAUGGCAUUUAAGCUCUUCCAUGGGAAAGACGGAAUUAUUCCCCUCUCUGAGAAAUCUGACUUACACAAUGAUAGCACAGAACCUGACCCUCUGCCUGCUUUCAACCCUUUAGCUGCAAAAUUUGCCACCAUAAGUCUGUCAUCCUUUGGGCCUGGUGGUAUGUUCAGUUUCGAUAAUUUCUCUGAGAAAUGGAAGAAGCAAAAGAAGACUGAACCAUCAAUCAAAAGGGAAACUUCAUCCCUGAAAGGAGAUUCAUCAAAGCAUGAGGCACUUGGAAAUGAAUGGUUGGAAACAGGGAACUGUCCUAUUGCCAAGUCUUAUAGAGCUGUAAGCCAUGUUCUACCCCUUGUUGCUUCGGCUAUUCGGCCACCGCCUGGAAUGAAGAUUAGAUGCCCACCUGCAGUUGUUGCUGCGAGGGCAGCCCUUGCACGCACAGCAUUAGUGAAAAACUUGCGUCCGCAGCCUCUUCCUGCCAAAAUGCUUGCAAUUGCAGCCUUGGGUAUGGCAGUUAAUGUUCCCUUGGGUAUUUGGAAGGAACACACUAAAAAGUUCUCCCUAUCAUGGUUUGCAGCAGUGCAUGCAGCUGUUCCCUUUAUUGCCAUGCUUCGGAAGUCAGUGCUGAUGCCUAAAUCAGCAAUGGCUUUGACAAUUGCAGCUUCUAUCCUAGGCCAGGUUCUUGGCUCUAGAGCUGAGCGUAUCCGACUGAAAGCUAUAUCUGAGAGGGGGCAAGCGGUCACUGAGGCAGCGAGUACCGUUUCUGUUUAUAAUCCGAGCAAGCACGGUGACUUUAAGAAUGGUCAAUGUGGCACAGAUGGGAUGGCUGUGGACUCAGUUUCCAUGAAGGAGGAUCGUCCAACUUCAGCAGCCAGUGUCUGUUAUUGACCACACUGAGAUCCGUCCGUGUAAGAAUGUAACUGAUGACCAGAGGUCAUAAUAUGAAAUUCCAAGAAUAACAAUAAAAGCAUCAUUAAUUGUGUGUGUGUGUGUGUGUGUGUGUGUGUGUGAGUGUGUGAUAUGUUAUUCAGGCUUACGGCAUCUUGUGCAGAAAAGCAUUGGAGCCUGAGUUUAAUACCUUAUAAGGAAUAGCAGCUUUUACUGCAUCAUAAAGUGUUAACGGGACCAAGAAAUAAAACCCUUAAACUGGA